AUUUGAUUAUUGAUGAUUAAUUUGAAGAACGACUCAUUAGUAAAAAAAGAAUAUUUUAAAAAUUAAAGAAAUAACAUGGAUGCAGGAGAGUGGUGGAACGCUAAUGUAGUUGACAUAGAGAAGGAAGCCAUCGCCCGCGGUGGUGCCCCUAACAUCUCCGACGCUUUCACCAUUAACGGCUAUCCCGGCGGUCUCUACAAUUGCUAUUCCACGUCUAAUAAGACGCCGCCUGGUACCUAUAGGAUGAGGGUUAUACAAGGCAAAACAUACCUACUCCGCAUCAUCAACGCCGCGCUCAACAACCAAUUGUUCUUCAAGGUCGCCGGCCACACCUUCAAAGUCGUGGCGGUGGACGCUGCAUACACCGCCCCCUACAACACCGACGUGGUGGUCGUCGCUCCCGGGCAAACCACCGACGUGCUUCUCGUUGCCGAUCAAUCACCCGCCCGCUACUACAUGGCGGCCCGCCCCUACGCCAGCGCCGCCAAUGCGGUGUUCGACAACACCACGACCACCGGUGUUUUGGAAUACCACGGGGCGGUUCCGUCUGUACCGCCCAAAAUGCCGGAGUUACCCUUGUACAACGACACUCCGACGGCGCACAGAUUCUACUCCAACCUCACCGGGCUCGUGACGGGCCCGUUUUGGUCCGCCCCGCCAUGCGAGGUGGACGAGAAAAUGUUGAUCACCGUCGGGCUCGGCCUCGCCGACUGCGGGGACAACACCGCCACCUGCAGCGGAGGGAUUAACGGUCAGCGAUUGGCAGCAAGCAUGAACAACGCCUCCUUCCAACUGCCGACCAAACUAUCGCUGCUGGAGGCCACGUUCAUGGGAGAGGUCAAUGGGGUCUACACCACUGACUUCCCUGACCAGCCUCCAGCGAAGUUUGACUACACGAACGUCACUAACACCUUGAACGCCACGUUACGGACGACGGUGAAAUCGACUAGAGUGAGGAAAGUCAAGUUCAAUUCGACGGUGGAGAUUGUGUUUCAGAACACGGCGUUGAUCGGGGCGGAGAAUCACCCCAUGCAUCUGCAUGGCUUCAACUUCUACGUGUUAGCUCAGGGGUUCGGGAACUAUAACCCUUUAGUUGACCCGGGGAAAUUCAACUUGUUUAGUCCACAACAACGAAACACCAUCGCUGUUCCCUCCGGAGGAUGGGCCGCCAUUAGAUUCCGAGCCGAUAACCCAGGAGUAUGGUUGUUACACUGUCAUCUCGACGUGCAUUUGUCGUGGGGAUUGUCGACGGCGAUAGUGGUGGAGAAUGGGCGGACGCCGUCAACGAAGCUUCCUCCGCCGCCGGCUGAUUUGCCAAAGGAAGGGGAUGGAGCCGCGACAUUGGCGACCAAUUUCCGACCCGACCCGGCUCUAGACAGGACAACGCCGGUGAGGGCCAAACUCCAUUCCUCCGGCGUAACUUUCAGGAGCGACGGCGCUGGUGAACGUCGAGCUCCCUUGCUCCGGCUACGCGCUGCGACGGGCGACAACGAGGCUCCAGCUCCGGCGUCUUCUUCGGUGGUUCAUCGGCGUCCAGACGAAAACCAGCGGCAGUCCAGCUCCAUUUCAUCUCCGACCGGCGAUCCAGAUUCCAGCGAAGCUCUCAGCCGGGUCGACGAAUAGAGACGCAAGGAAGACAGAGUUCAGAUCCAAUUUGGGCUGCGAAAUUACUAAAUUGCCCCUGGUUCCUUCUUUUAAUAAUUCCAGUUAUAAACCCUUUUA